AUGAGCUCCAACGCUCAACUGCCCAGGCAGCGGUACAUCCAGUCUAUGGAUGAUUACUGGAGACUGGAGAUGGAGGCACUGAUGUCUCCUAACAGCGGUGGAGGUACUGCUGCCGAUAUUCCCACCACCGAUGAGGAACGCUUCAGGUUGGUCGACCAAAUGGUCGCAGCCUUCCGGAACACAGACAACAUCUGCGAUUCUAGGGCCGACACCCACGGCCACAUUAGGUUUGUCGAGGAAGAACUUACCGACAAGAGCGCAGAGCGUAUGGCAUGGAAACUCUUGCUACAUCCGGUCAACUCUUCUAACGCUAGCACUCUGCAGGCCGAGACGCAGGCAUGUGAAGGCAGCGAAGGCGAUUUUCUAAGCAACCCUGCGACCAGAAUCGCUAGGGCGCAGUUCAAAGACUUCACCACCAGAUGGAGGGUCAUAGUUGCUGUCUUCGCGUGCUGCAAGGCAGCCGUUUCCAACCUAUUUCAGCCUUCCAUCGUGGAGAGGUUUGUCAACAACCCGAUUACCGAGUUGGAUAUCAAAGCACAUAACGCGAAGAUCGCUGCCGCGGUUAAGGAGCAUGGCUCCGCAGCAUUUGAUCGUGAGACCGGCGUGCUGAGGGACAGCGAUGGCACUGUCCUUGACGUUCUACUCCGUCCACAGAAGCGCAGAUUGGCGGACGUCUUGCCGCCGGACCUCAUCCCACAUGCGAAGGUGAAGCGCGUUAGGCGCUCCCGUCGACAGGCCCAGACACCGGCCAACAACCAGGACAACGCCCAUGACGAUCCCAACGGCGACAAUGAUUCCAAUGGCGGCAACGAUCCCAGCGGUGCCAACCAACAUCAAUCGGACAACGAGAGCCAGUUUGACAACGAGUAUGGUUCGGAAAACGAUUAUGACCAAUCUGAUAGCGAGUAUAAUGGCGCGGGUGAUGCUCAAAGCGGCAACCAACUUGAAGAGCAAGCCGCGACACCGAGUGCGCACCAGUUCCAUGACGCCUCGGAUUACUCCGUCCAUGUCCAUGAACAGCACUUCAUUUCCCGGAUGAUCGACCACGAAGUAGCUCACGCAGUUGAGAUGGCGUCAUCCUCAUCUCACCAGUCCGAGCAUCACGACCAGGAAGUCCAUGGUGGUCAACUCCCUGCCUUCGACCCGGCUUGGAGCGAGGAUUAUGGUCUUCAGCCGGCUGGCAACGCUCAAGGUACCGGUCUUGAGGGCUUCCUCCCCAGUGGUCUCAAUCCAAUUGUCCCCCAUCACAGUUCCCCCCAUCUCAUUGCCCCUCUGCACAGUUCCCCCCCUCCCAUUUCCCUUUACCAGGAAUCCCCACCUGACUAUUCUCUUUACCCCAACUCCCCCUACCACAGUUCCCUCCAUCACAAUUAUCCCCAUCCCACUGUCACUCAUCCCAACCACCAGUAUGGCAGGCAGACCACCCCAGCUACCCGCUCGGCCAACGGCGCUCAUCAUACUCACAACCACCCGGGAAACCAGACCUUUACAUUGCAUUCCGUUGUGACACCGACAUUCAAAGCUGCAGUUUACAACAUCGCUCAGCCCAACUACCUCGAGAGCUUCGUUAACAUCCCAGCCACCAAGUUGGAUACAAAACUCUCAAACUUGUACACGAAUGCCGCCAAGGCCACCAGGCAAAAGAUCGCAACGGCGGUCGAAAAGUAUGGCUCGGCUUCGUUCCACAAAACCACCCGGGAGCUAAAGGACAGUCAGGGUGACGUUAUUGCCGUCUAUCCCAAGCCAGUCAAGCGCAAGCUUGCGGAUGUCUUGGGCCCCGAGCUUGCGGGUCAUGCCAAGGUCAAGCGUGCGAGGCGCCCACGACAGGCGCGCACGCAAGCCAGCAACGCGGACUACGGCAGUAACGCCAACAACCCUAACUCCCUAUACGAGAAAUACGGGGAGGACGGCAACAACGACACGGACGUGGACGACGACAACAACGAUCACGGUAACGAUGAUAUCCAUUACGGCAACCAAGUUAGAGGUUCAGCCGGCGUGGACUCGUCGAACCAAUCCCAACACCACGACGAUAGAGUCCAUGGAGGUAUAGAUCGUCAGGGCCACAUCCCCAACAGUCUGCCUUUCAACAUUGCUCAACCCAAUGCGCUCUAUCCCAGCUUACCCCGUCAGAGCUCUCACCUUUCCAACUUGAACAACCCGCAUCCCAAUACCAUCCAAACCAAUGCUCUCUAUUCCGAUUUACCCCAUUAUAACUCCCCGCUUCCCAACAGCCAGCAUUACACCCAGCAGUCCGCCCCAGCUGCCGGCUCGCAAAACGGCCAGCAUCUUGACUACGUCUACCUGAGCAAUGGCCACUUUGUGUUGGAGGAGGAUGAUAGGUACCCGAGAGUGAAGCUGCCCGUCUACGACUAUGGCUACGGCGACUACCUCUACGAUAGCAAGGUUGUCGACAAUGAUCGUGACGGUGAUUACCACAGUUACGGCAAUCAGAGCAAUGCCGAGCGGGAAUCUGCGAAUGGUGGCCAGGAGAUUGAUACAAGUGUUUCAUCGUCCUUUCACUCUCAAGACCUCGAUCUCAACCACCAACUUGGUAGUAAAUCUAGUGGUCAUGCCGGCGUCGGGCCGUCAGUUCAGCAUCAUCAUCAGCAUCAGGAUUUCUAUGCCGCUAUGGACUAUCAAAACUCCAUGGCUAACCACCAGGCUAAUAGUCUUGCCCAUUACGACUUUGCAGAGGACUUCAUUCCUCAGCACCAUGGAAACCAAGUUGGUGGUCCAGCUGGCGUUGGUUCAUCGUCGCAGUUUCAUCAUCACGGUUAUAGAGGUUAUGCAGCUCAGUUCCCGGUCGCUGGCCAGGUUCAUAACCAGGAAUUCGGUGUCCAUCACAGCUACGUCGGGGGUGGUUUCGAGGGCCCACUUUCAACACCGUGA